GGAUCCCCUUCUGUGGAAGUGUUUUGAUUCCUAGUGGGCCCCUGGUUCUUCUAUGAACAGAAUCUUCUAUUAAAUAGAGUAAAAUAUAUAUAUACAUGUGUGGAAUGAGUUGACUUCUCCUCUCAGUCCUGCCAGUGUCUCAUGCAGGAGGGAUAAGGAGGAGUUCAGUUCAGAUGAUGAUAGAUAUACUGAUCCCAUACAUUGUCUCCACAGGACUGUAAAACCACAUAGACAUGGAAACGCAAAUGGAAUCUCGGUUCUCCUCAGAUAAGAGGCAGUCACGGGCCGGGCUGGUGGAUGCUGCAGAUGGCAAUAUCGGUGUUUGUGGUUGGAUCAUACUGAUUCUAUCUGCAUUUAUGGCAGCCAUUACAUUUCCCAUAUCCAUAUGGUUUUGUGUGAAGAUCAUUCAGGAAUAUGAGCGAGCAGUUGUGUUUCGCUUGGGUCGCAUCAUUUCUGGGAAAGCAAAAGGGCCAGGUUUGAUGUUUGUGCUGCCCUGCACAGACACCUUCAUGAAGGUCGACCUCAGAGUUAUCUCCUUUUCAAUUCCGCCACAAGAGGUCCUCACGAAGGACUCCGUGACUACAACUGUGGAUGGCGUUGUUUAUUACAACAUAGAAAGCGCUAUAAAGGCAGUGGCUAAUGUGAAUAACGUUCAUGUAGCCACUCAGCAGCUUGCACAGACGACUCUAAGAAACAUCCUGGGAACACAAACCCUUUCCAACAUUCUGUCCAACAGGGAGGAAAUUGCCCACAAUAUUCAGUCUAUACUGGACAAUGCAACUCACAAAUGGGGAGUGAAGGUGGAUCGUGUGGAGAUGAGAGAUGUGCGGCUGCCUGUUCAGAUGCAGAGAGCUAUGGCUGCUGAAGCAGAAGCUGCACGAGAGGCUCGGGCAAAGGUUGUGGCUGCCGAGGGUGAAAUGAAUGCAUCCCGAGCUCUCAAAGAAGCUGCUCUAGUGAUGGCAGAAUCUCCAUCAGCUCUUCAACUCCGUUACUUGCAGACACUCAACACAAUUGCAGCAGAGAACAACUCAACAAUUGUCUUCCCUCUCCCCAUUGAGUUGAUGCAAGGCUUGCUUAACAGAAAAUGAAUCACAAAGCUCGGAAACACCCUCAACACUUACCCACCACAGGAAUUAACUCUUGCGCCAGACUUGCCUUCGCCACCUCAGACCAGGCGAAGUGCAAUAGAGUAGAUAAGACUUGCUUUAAAAAAAGUUGAAAUUAUGAAUAGGCACUUAUUAUUAUUAUUAUUAAUAAGAAAGGGGUAGCCUGGCUGCCAGUUACAAAGAUGAAUUUAAAGGGGACCUGUCACCCUAAGAAAUAAUUACAAAUCCUUUCUAUCAUGUAAGUUGUGCAAAAUAAACUUUACUUACAGUAUAUUUAUAUUAUUUAAAUUUUCAGUCUUGGAAUUACACAAUCACAGUAAGCAGGCAGCUGUUCUUAAGGCAACUUAUGUAUCAUCAUAAAAUCUUGUUUAUGCACCAGAAUAGGAGAUCUAAUGCCCAUGUGCAGUUCCCUAUACAAUUAUAGAGUGUGAAAUAAGAGGGGGAAUGUGAGGGGUGCAGUGACAUCUAGGAAGUGCUGAGCUAAAAGUGAAAGUCACAGCCUGUUCCAUCUCUUUGUCUCAGGCAUAGAGGAGGGACAGGCAAUAUAUGAUUGACAGCUCAGAUAUUUAAACUCCUAUUUAAAGGAUAUUUUAAUGAAAAGAAAUAAUGUGGGUUUCAUAUUUAAUUUGCAGAGGACUUUAUCUGUGUGGGCGACAGGUCUACUUUAACAUAACUGGCCAACCAGACAUUUAAAUUAUUGAUCAGAUUUUUUUUGCACAUUUCUGUUUAUUUCCAGUUAAUUUUAUUGUAUAAUGAACACACCAGUGUAUUUGUAUGUGUUUUUUGUUAUUCAUGUUUAUUAGAUGUUUGUGA